CAUCUCCUUGUUUGCAAUAGAUUUCGCACUCUGCUCUCCCUUAAUGAUCAGCCACUUGCUUGCAAUUUUCCUCUGGAAAAGGAUGGAAACACACUGAGGAACAGAGGCAUCUUAAGACGGAAACGGAACCACCCCAGUGUGGUCAGGAGAACAGCAACUCAGACGACAUCGCCUGGAAGUUUCCAGCAACCGGAGCCUCUUAGUGGCAUGGAGAAGAUGGAGCCAUCCCGCCAAGAGGUGCAGCCUGCAGGCUGUGAGGCCACUCCUCCAUACUCCCUGGAAAGCUUGUCGAAGAAGCACUGUCAGAACCAGGGGAAUCUUCUCCACUUUGACCGGCAAGCCCCUGGCCGCUUGUCCACCUCGCCCACUUUGCGGAGGUUAAGAAGCCGCGGUUUCGGGAGUGUGCGCGGAGGUGCGCGCGGCAGUGCCACUGCGCAUGCGCCGCCUCAGCCCGUGGCCUUGGAAGUGCGCACCUGGGGCGGCUCGCAGGAGUCCCCUGGCUCCGCAAGUCCCCUUUCCAGCAAGCUAUGUGAAAGCACAGAGGAGUCUUCUCACUCCCUGUGGCCCCUGAGACUCCACUCAAGAUUGCCUCUGGACUCUGAAAGGGCCCUCGACGCAGCCGAGUCGGUUGAGCUCCAAAUGGGGCCAGGUGAAGAGCGUGCCCUUCCCGUGCCUCAGCACCUCGAGGAGGGGUCGCUUCCUCAGGCCUCCUUUCCACGGAAAGGAGACCACCCAGCACCCAGCCACACUCCAGGACCUCCGGGGCCUCAGAGAGAAGAAUUGCAUCAGUACAGUUCUGCUGUUCCAUUUGCAAGAUUACUGGUAUGCUUGCAGGUAUCAAGCCGUGUUCAUGACGACAAUAAGGGAAAAGGAUUCUACGAGCACAGGAGGAGUUCUGUGGUGCUCAACUUACCUGGCCUUGAGGUGUUCCCCGGGGACCUUCUGGUGUCAGCUGGAGCUGCAGACUACCUGUGCCAUCCACUUCUGCUGCUGAAUUCAGAAUCCAAAAAGCCAAGAUGGCCUUUCUCCAAGAGAGGAGUGCAGGGUAAAGACAAGAACAAGCAUAUAUCUGAUCUGGAAGACUGCCUGUCCUCUUUGAAGAUUACAGACUUCAGGGACUAUGAGUUCCACACCCUGAAGGAUAAGACCUGGAAUGAAGUCAUGGAAAUGCAUCAGAAACUUCCUACUAAUCAAUUAGACUUGAGAAAGCAACAAGAGGCUGUGUGGGAACUCUUCACGAGUGAAUGCACUUAUUUUUUGGACCAUUUAUUAGUUCUUAAGAUGAUCUUCAUGAAUACAUUAAAGUAUCUACAGACGCAUGAAUAUCUCCUGGAUGUGGAUUUAUGGAGACUUUUUGCAAACCUGGAGGAGCUAAGUCAGACAAGCUUUGGUUUUGUGAACAGUCUUUUCCAUAUCUUCAAGGACUACGUUGACACUUGUGAGACUUCACCAUCGUUGGAUUUUAUUUCUGUGCUCACAAAGUAUUUCCGAGGGAGCCUGUGUCAGAGCCACCAGACCUACUGCCUGAACUACUCGGCCGCUGUCUUUUAUCUUGAGAGCCUGAAGCAGAGACAUGACUUUGGAAUUUACUUAAAAUGGUGUGAGCAACAUGACCAGUGCAGGCGCCUUCACCUGCCUGAGCUGCUCGUGGCCCCGCUGCACAGGCUGACUCGAUACCCCUUGUUGCUGAAGAAUAUCUGGAAAAGGAGUACAGACUCUACGGAGAAAAUCAUGAUCUACUCCAUCAAGGAAAAGGUGGAAAAGGCAAUCCAGGAUCUUGAAGGAAAAGUGAAGUGGCUUGACAAUUUUCAGAAGUUCAGACAUCUACAGGAGAUUGUAGUGUGGCCUCCACUUUGGGAUCGAGAUAAAAGGUUUUUCAUUCCAGAGUGCCUGAAACACAUUUUUAAAGAACACAUGGCAGAAAACAUCCUGUCACCAACCAACAGACACCUUCUCUAUGAAGGAAAGCUGACUCUUGCAGAAAGCACAAGAUUCCUAGAUGUUUAUCUGUUUCUCUUUGAUGAUUUCCUCUUGGUUACGAAAACUAAGCGCAACAAAAAGAAACUCGGAGGCUCAGACCCUGGUUUAAUGUGCCCUUCACUCACUGCUGAGCUGCAAACAGUAAUCAAAGAAGGUGGUUCAUGUACAGUAAUUGACCAGCCCAUUCCACUAGACAGAUUGGUUGUCAGAGGUCUCGAUCCACUCCACGUGUCAGUCUUUGGACUGAGAAAUGCUUUCCUCAUACAACAUGAAAACAGAUACCGACAAUGUAUAGCAGCAUUUUUAUUACAGGCCCAAACGGAAAACAUCAAGAGAACAUGGAUAGCACAAAUAACAGCAGCAAUCUCUUGCUUCACCAAGAGUCAAGAAACCAAGAAAAUGUCCUCAUUCCCUUUGCCUGCAGAAUCCUCGGAAAUUUAGGGAUCUAAACUAAGUGGCACACCUUUUUAGACAUUAGGGAUUAAGGUAUUCUUUCAUUCAAACUUGUAGCACCUAACCUAGGGAUGACCUCAAAUAAGCAUUUUAAAGAAGUUUCAGAAUUUGAGCCAUAGGUACUCCUCAGGGUAGAGUAAUAAUGGCUUCAACAAAUUCGAACCCUGAGGAAUUUCUUGUUAAGUAUACACAUGUUGAUAUCCCGGAGUAUCUCAUAAUGCUUCAGUCAGGCUUGAAAGGGGGGCGAGGGAAGUAUGAGGCUGUUACAGUUCUUCGUGGAUGAUCAGGUGGAUGCAGGCCCACUGCUUGGGUCUGAUAUGAAUUCUAGCAUCAUCUUUUAUGUGCAUCUGUAAUGAAAACCGGCUUAUAAAUCAGUUUUACUGCUCUACAAUCCUACCUCAUACAAAGUCGGAUUGCUCUUUUAACAUAUUUAUUAGGCAAUGAAUAAUAAUGUCUUCAUCUUAGUAGCGGUUUUUAACUUCCUAGUCUCCAACAGUUUACUUAUCUCAGGUAGACUCUAUAAUACUCGUAACUUGGAGAAAAUCCCAAAGACUAAAUUCCGUUGUUUUGAGAAAAAAGCAAUUAUCUGUUCUAGUUUUACUAAUUAAGUUUUACUUGGGCGGUUUCAUAGAAAUAGUAGCAUAUUUAUCUCUAAAUCUCACUUUUUGAAUAAUGGAGUUUGUCAUAAAACUUUCUGGUUUUGAAUGUGUGUGUGAGUUAGCACAGUACAGUCACUGCAUCUUAUUUGGCAGGAUUUAAAACAUCAUUAGAAUUGUUACCAAGAAAGGCAGCUUGAAUUAUUAUCAUGGUGGAAUAGACUGUUAACUGCAGGUAAAGAAUUAGUUCGUAUUCUCAGAUUGAAAUUUGUGAUUUUCAUUUGAGACAAUUUCAGACAUAGUACCUUCUGCAGUCUCCAAAGUGGAAGUAGUAUAUUUAUCAACUUGGAUCACAAGACGAAUGAUACUUAAACUGAUCUCCUUAAGCUGGAGAAUGGGAUAGAGAGGAUGGCGCUUGAGGAAGUCCUGUGAACACUUAAUUCUUUGAGAAGAAUGCAUGUUUCACCAUGUAAACCAGGCAGUGUGGACAAGUGUAGCAUAAUAGCGCUUUUAAAGGGCCAAGCACUUUUAGAAGGCAGGGUCACCGCCUGUGUAAUAAUGUCAUAUUUAUUAGGAGUAAGUGAAAAUGAAAGGGAGACCAGUAACUACUGUCAGUGCCUAAGAAAGAAAAAAGGCAAAGUACAGGAGAACAAGUUUUAUACAGGAGAACAAGUUUUAAGUUCUUAGAGAUGAAAACUAAUUUAUGUAUUUUUUAGAAAAAAAAUCAUCUUGCAAGGAUUUCUAGAGAUCAGCCAACCUAGGAAAAGAGCAGUGGACUAGGACUAGGUCAUCUCUCAAGAUUCCUUUUAGUUCCCUGAGGCCAGUAAACACGUAUGUAUAAAAACUAAUUUCUCCCUUAAAUCAUCUCAUUAAAGGGAGAAAAAAAGACUAACAUGUAAAUUUAGUUAAGAUGUGAAACAGCUUUAGAAUAUGCUAUAUACAAAGAAAUAUUAGCACUCCUAUGUUCACUGCAGCACUAUUCACAAUAGCCAAGAUGUGGAAAAACCGUAAUGUUCACCAGCAGAUGAGUGGAUAAAGAAACUGGUAUGUACACACAAUGGAAUUCUGUUCAGCCCUGAAAAAGAAGAAAAUUCUGAAACAGGCAACAACACAGAUGAAGCCUGAGGACAUUAUGCUAAGGGAAAUAAGUCAGUUGCAGAAAGACAAAUACUGCAUGAUUCCACUUAUAUGAGAUUUCUAAAAUACUCAAGUUCAUAGAUUCAAAGAGUGGAAUGAUAGUUGCCAAGGGGUAGAGGGAAAUGGGGAGUUCCUAAUCAAUCAAUGGGCAUAAAGUCUCAGUUAAGCAAUAUGAGUGAGCUUGGGAGAUCUGUUGUACUGUACACUUAAAAGAGGGUAGAUCUCAUUAACUGUUCUUACCACAAUAAAACUUAAAUAAUA